AUGGCCGCAAGCCCAGAAAUUCUUCUUUUUGCGCCGCCGGCCGACACAGGCGUAUUCGUUUUCGUCGUCACCUUGCCUUGCCUUGCUGGCGAUGGCAAACGCACCGGCUCUAGAUGCACUGUGCUGCUGGAUCUCCGGGAUAAGGGCAUCGAGAUUGCCAAUGACGCGGUCCGCGACGACAACGCCGGCAACUAUGAGGACGCCAUCAACAAGUACUGCAAGGCUGCCGAGUACCUCAUGACGGCCACCAAGUACGAGAAGAACCCGGUCACCCUCAAGACGAUCCGCGAGAAGAGCCUCGAGUACGUGCAGCGCGCAGAGGCGCUCAAGCAGGGUCUGGCCGGCAAGGGCGCGGGAGGGAAGAAGGCGGGCGGCGGAGGCGGCUCCAAGGAGGAGGAGGAGGAGAGCGAGGACGACGACGUCGAGCCGGAGCCGCUGACGGAGGAGCAGCUCGCCAAGGCAGAGGCCGAGAUGAAGGAGGAGCUCUCCAAGCUGAUCGGCAUGGAGUCGGUCAAGAAGCAGAUGGAGCAGCUCUGCAAGCAACUCUCUCUCGACAUCCGCCGCCGCGCCGAAGGGCACAACACCCUCGACGCCAUCCGGCACAUGAUGUUCACCGGCAACCCCGGUGUCGGCAAGACCACGGUGUCGCGGCUGGUUGCAAGGCUGUACCACCAAGGUGAUGAACGAGACGGGGCGGAAGUCGGUCACCUUCGUCUUUGCGGGCUACAAGAAGGAGAUGGACGAGUUCGUGCAGUACAACGCCGGCCUCGAGUCGCGCAUCAAGUACCGCUUCCACUUUGACGACUACGCGGUGUGAAGAGGGCUACAAGCUCAACGCAAUCAUCGACAAGAACACCACCGCCGACCUGCGCUCAAAGUACAACGGCCGGCUGACUGACAACCUGCUGCAGUGGGCGGCCGACUGCAUGAACCAGCGACUCGACCUGACUGCCUCGGGCGAGCAGCUCAUCACGCUGACCAAGGACGACCUCUCCGAGGCGAUCAAAAAGUUCCAGCUCGCAAGGCCGCCCCAGAAGAAGGACCCGGCGCUGCUCGGCGGCGAGCAGGUGGGACGCCGAGGUGCGGCGCGCGUGCCAGCUCGUCGAGCGGCUCAAGCAGGAGCACCGCAAGGAGUCUCUCGAGAUGGACGCGCUCUUCGUCGACCCCGACUCUGUCGACGUCAAGACGUGGCUCGAGAAGCGGUCGCUCGGCGAGUUUGCAAAGCUGUUCGAGCGGCACCGGGUCGACUUCGAGGUGCUCGGCGACCUCACCUACGAGGACCUCAAGGAGAUGGGCCUCAACGAGGUCGGGCCGCGCCGCCGCAUCCACCGCCAGAUCGUGCAGUGGCGCGACGACCGCGAGGCCAAGAAGGCGGACGCCAUCCGGUCGCGGAUGCAGGUGCAAGAGAACAAGGCCUACCUCGAGAGCCAGCAGCAGAACGUCGACGACCGGCUGCAGCACCUCAAGGCGUCGCUCGGCGAGUCGGGGUACGUCACCGGGUUGCGCCCGUCAAGCGGCUGAGGAGCGCGGGCGAGGGGGCGGCGCAGCGCCGCGCUGUGCGUGCGAAGCACAGCGGGGGCCAGCCGUGGGAGGCGGUGCCACCGCAGAGGAGGAGAGGGGCAGCCCCUGCCGCUUGCGUAUGGGUGGGCGCUGGGCGAGAGGGGCCCACUACGCACGGCGGGCGAGGUGAGAGUACCUAGCGGAAGCUGACUGAGGAGGCGUAAUCACGCGUGUCGACUGUCGUGUGUGUUCGUCUCUCUUUUUGGGGUGUGUGUGUGUUUCGGCGUGUCUGCGCCCGGCUGUCAGUGUGUGUGAAUAGAGUCGCAUCGUGGCUCGCCACACGGCUCUAGCCUCUACGCGAGA